GUUAUUAGUUGUCAAACGUCCUUUACUUUUACUUUAAAUAACGAGAAUGACGCCAGACAGUAUGACGUCAAUUCUUUAGUAAUCGCUUCCAGUGAUGAUUCUGGUUUUGUAACGGUCAAAGGGUCAGUGGAUAUAAUACGAAUAGAUCGUUACAGUAUUGGUAAGACGUACACCAAUACCAUAACGGCUACGGACAACAGCGGCAACACGGAUCAGUGUGUUGUUCAAAUAUCAGUUUCCGCACCAAAAUGUCAGCCAUGGACACUACAAAUGAGGAAUGGUCAAGUUUCGUGUAACUUUCAAACAAACGGAGGUUACAUAUGCACCGCGAGAUGUAAUACCAAUUACGUCUUCUAUGAAAAUAUUGACCAAUCAUCAGUCGAGGUUACCUGUAGCCAAGGAGGCGAUUGGAGCAGAGUACUUCCGGUUUGUGUCGCAAUCCAUUCAGCAUCAUAUGAGUUAUCGUUCAGGUUGAGUUAUCAGGGGACAGGAACUAUCCUCUCCAGUUGUAAUAGUGCUUAUAAAACACAACUGGAUAGUAGAAUGGCGUCACUGAUCUCUAGUUUGACGAACCAGUGCACGUCCUUGAAUCCACCAAUCACAGUUCAACAAAACGACCCAAUUGUCAUUGAGAACUAUUCUUCUGGGGUUUAUGCUACAAUCAGCUUACGAUUAGAACCACGAGAUCGUUCUUCCAAUGUAUAUACGACAUGCGCAACCCGGAUUAAGAAUGCGUUUACCGCGCAGAGUUCUGUGGUAGAUUCCAUUAAACAGUUGUCCAGCAGUGGCAGUUGUCCAGCCUCAUAUUCUGCUACGUAUCAAUCGAAUCCUACUAAUGGAUUUGGCUGUUCUCUUAAUGAAGAAGUUAGCCUACUGAAUCAAGCUUCCACAGUCUGUGUUGAAUGUCCCCAUGGUUAUUAUAGUUCAGAUGGUAGAUUAUGUUUAAAAUGUACAGCUGGAUAUUAUCGUGACGGGUCCUCUCAAUCCUGUCAACAGUGUCCACCUAAUUCACGUAAUCUCACACAAGGUGCUGCAUCAAUACACGAUUGUUAUGAUGAUUGUCCAGUAGGUAUGAUCUCCAGUACAGGUAAAUCCCCAUGUUCUACCUGCCCUAUUAAUACCUAUAGUAGAACAGACCAUCGUACCUGUGAACCAUGUCCUUCAGGUACACAAACACCUGGUGUUGGUGCAUACUCCGUUAAUCAGUGUCGAGGUAUCUGCCGGCCUGGAACCUAUUCCAUAACAGGUUUUGAAUCCUGUACGUCUUGUCCUAAAGGAUUUUAUCAACCUAACUCCCGAUCUGUAACCUGUCUGGAGUGUGCUCUAGAUCAGACCACCACGUCUACGGGUUCUACGUCACAAUCACAGUGUCAAAGCACAUCAACUAUAGAAUGCUACAGUGGUAGAUGUCGUAAUGGUGGUACAUGUUAUAUAGAACAACAUCAAUAUUAUUGUAGAUGUGCUGCUGGUUUUACUGGUAAAGAGUGUGCAGAUAGAAUAUUAGCAUGUGAUUCCAAUCCAUGUUAUAAUAAUGGAAUUUGUGCUAAUAAUAACAAUGGUGGUUAUACGUGUUAUUGCAGCUCAGGACGGUUUUCAGGAGUCCAGUGUGAGCAGGAUUCGAAUGAUUGUCAGUUUAAUCAAUGUAUGAAUAACGGUUCAUGUCAUGAUAAAAUUGGUGCCUACUCUUGUCUCUGUCCAUCUUUCUCUGGUUUUAGUGGAAGCAGUUGUCAGAAUAUACGUGAUGUUUGUCAGGAAGAGCCGUGUACACGUGGUCGGUGUGUAGUUAGUGGUAAUAUCAGAAGAAAGUGUAUCUGCGAUUCGGGUUAUACGGGAGAUAAAUGUGACCAAAAUAUUAAUGAAUGUUUGUCGUCGCCAUGUAGAAAUAGCGGAACAUGUAUAGAUCAAGUGGCUGGAUAUACGUGUCAAUGUGCUUCUGGAUAUAGUGGAUCAAACUGUGAGAUUACCAGUGAUAAAUGUUCUACGUUUGUAUGUAAUUCUGGUACAUGUGUGCAUAAUUAUCAAGAUGGCGUCACUUCCUGUUUAUGUCCUACUGAUUACACAAAUAUCAAUAACCAGUGUCAACCUACUAAUUAUUGUACGAGUUCAACCUGUAAAAACAACGGUAUAUGUAGGUCUGGGGGAUCGGGCUAUAUAUGUGAUUGUCCAGUUGGAUAUGAAGGUUAUCAAUGUCAACAUAAUAAAGAUGACUGUUCUGGUCAACCGUGUAAAAAUAACGCCAUCUGUAUAGACCAGGUCAACAAUUUUACAUGUCAGUGUGACUCCUCGAAACCCGAUACAGGUGGACGAUUCUGUGAUGAUUUAAAGGACAAUUGUUCACCGUAUCCAUGUAAUUCGUCCAACACGAGAUCUUGUCGUGAUCUGAUUGGUGAUUAUACCUGUGAUUGUUAUUCUGGUUAUACCGGGAAAAACUGCCAGGAUUAUGUGAACUAUUGUGCGAGUUAUCCAUGUCAGCAUGGUGGUACAUGCAGUAACCGAGCUGGGGGUUACACGUGUCAGUGUAGCAGUGGAUAUUCCGGUAACCAAUGUCAACAAACCACUGAUUAUUGUUCGUCUUCCCCAUGCUAUAAUGAUGGCCAAUGCAUCAAUACUGACGUCGGCUACGUCUGCAAUUGUAAGUCUGGAUAUAAAGGUAACAGGUGUCAGGUAUUAUAUGAUGCUUGUGCUGUAGCCAAUCCUUGCAUUGGUAUUGGUAGUCGCUGUUCUCAUGACGGUACCAGAUUCUCUUGUCAGUGUGGUGGUGGUUAUAGUGGAACAUAUUGUGAAUAUAAAACUAAUGCCUGUACAGUCUCUACUUGUUUAAAUGGUGGAACGUGUCUAGAGGUCAUAGGUCAACCUGUAUGUCAGUGUCCAACAGGUUUUACUGAUUCUGCGUGUUCAACUAAUAUCAAUGAUUGUCGUAAUACAUCAUGUAGUGCUGGAUCAGUGUGUGUUGAUGGGGUUAAUUCAUUUACGUGUAAAUGUGAAACUGGAAAAUUUGGUCAAGAUUGUCAAAAAGAUGUGACGUAUGAUUUCGAUCUGCUUGUAUCACCGAAUGGAGGUUAUUUAUCAUCGGAUUAUUUUAUUCAACCGCAGAAACUUUCAUCAACCAAUCGUUUGAGUUUAUCUUUCUGGGUCCGUUAUACCGAGUUGUCUUCUCCUGGUACUAUAGCAACUUUGUAUGGAACAAAUUUUGCAGAUAAUAUUGACCAAUCAAAAGAACUAUUACGAUUAAACAAUGAUAAUUUGGUAGCCUCGUUUGGAAAUCAACAAACUAUGACGUAUAAUGAAGGAAAGUUGGUUGAUGGUAAAUGGCAUCACGUGAUGUUAACGUGGGAUGGUAGCGUACCAUUAUUAAUGCUAUAUAUAGAUUCCAUGAGUGUGAAUUCGGCUAAUUAUGGAUACAACACACAAUUACCGCCUUAUAUGUGGUUGGUGUUGGGAGGAACUUGGAACUCGGCAACAAAAUCAAUUGAUCAAUCGAGCUCUAUGACAGGAAGAAUCAGUCGUAUGUUUGUCACGGCAUCAACUUUCUCUACCGCUGAACGCAUAUCUUUAGAUUCAACCUUGACCUACGUACCUAGCAACGCUAUACAGGAGUUUACUUCCGGUAUCUUGGAUGGCGUCAAUGCCCUAGUUGACUAUAACAGUGAAUUAAACGUUGGCGGUUGCUAUGUGAACGACACUUGUACACCUUUAACUGCAGCCAGUACCUCCACACCGAAUGCGAUCAUAUGUCCUACUGAUCUGAUGAUUGUAUCACAGAGAAAUGAUCUACCAUCAUGGCCAAAGCCAAUUUACAACAACACAGAAAAUAUCAGAACUAAUCGUUUACCAGGGGCUAAUCCAAUGGACUGGGGAACCUAUUCUAUAGCUUUUGCCGGUCUAGAUAAUCAAAGCAAUGCCGAUGUUUGUAGUUUUAAUCUUUACAAUAGACGUGCGGACUGUGCUGUACCAAAGAAACCGUUGCUAGGAACUAUAAACUGUGUUUCUGUAACCGACGGUAUCCGUUGUCAAGUAACCUGUGACCAAUCUAAUUAUCGGUUAGCUGAACCGGUUCCAGUUUAUUACAGUUGUGGUACCUAUAAUUCCUAUGGAAACAAUGUUCUGACUUAUAGAUACCCAUCAUGCACCACUUGUGCAACACCAAAAAAUGACAUCACCAUCUCAGUGACCUUUGACCUGCAACUAACGUGUGAUUCUAUUGGUCAGUCUAGUAUAGAAUCUAAUGUAAGAGGAAGUUUAAUUGGUUUAAACAGUAGAUAUAAUGGGAGUAUAUGUUACAGUAGUGAUUGUAGUGCUAUCAGUAUAAUAUCUACAUGUUUAUUUAGCAGUACAACAUAUAUAACUUUACAAUUUAAACAAAUACAGUCUACUAUAACAGUUGGUGUACAAGAAUUACCCACAGUUGAUGUUUUAUCAACAGCUAUCAUUGAUGAUGCAGCCAUUACUAUUACCUAUGGUAGUAUGGUUAGAUCAACCUAUGAUAUCACAUCUACGUCAGUAUGUGACGUAGGAAGACAGCUUCUAGAUGGCUGCUGUGUUGAAUGUGGAUUUGGAACGUAUUAUGACAUGAGUAAAUUAGAGUGUAUGAAAUGUCCACAAGGUACCUAUCUAGAUGCUAUAGGUAGUCGAUCAUCAGGGUCUGGUUCCACCCCAUGUAUAGGUUGUCCAGGUGGUAUGACCACACCUUUAGUCGGUGCCCAAACAGUAGAUGAAUGUAAAGAUUCCUGUAUUCCUGGAAGGUUUUAUAAUUUGACUAUUGGAAGAUGUGAAGAUUGUCCAGAAGGAUUUUAUCAAGAGUUGGCGGGAACAUUUUACUGUCAGCCAUGUCCUGUUACUAUGACAACUGCAUCAUCUAAAUCUACUUCAUCAUCUGAUUGCAUUUUGGGUUCCUAUAUUACCUCUACUGUUCCUCCAGAAGUAAUUAAUACGAAUGCGCCAUCUGUAGGAGCGAGUACUAGUAGUGUAUGGUCACCAGCUAUUAUAGCGUUGUUGGUGCUGGUUAUUAUAGUGGUUAUCGUAUUAUUUAUAGUCAUAGUGUGUUGCUGUUGUAGAGGAUGUUUACAGUCCAUUUGUCCGUGUUUUGUAUCCAAGGUUGGUCCUGAUGAGAAAACUGAAUGGCACCACGUUAAUAGAUAUGGUGAGACGAAUAUCAAGUUUGUAAGUUAUAAAUUAUCUGAUGUUAGGAAGAAGAAAUUAGAGAAACAAGCUCUAGUUAAAUCCGAUUCAGAAGAAGAAGUACCUCCUAGAAGUAUUUCUAUACAAGUUCCUGUGUUUGAGGAGAAAUUAAAUGGAAUGCCUGGAGUUAUAAAUGGUGUAAAGAAGAAGUCUAUACAUAUAUCAAGUAUGGCACCACGAGCAACGACUCACAGAUCACCAAAAUUAAAAACAUUAACAACACAAGCCGCAAGCAUUCCUUCUUUUACAGUGGCUUCUGGUCAACAUCCAAAACCACUUCCGCCUUUACCCGAUAGGUUACGGAAAACACCGACGUCUACUCCGGAGAAAGUACGGAGACCGCCGAGUGCCUUUAAUAAACCCCGAGUGCAUCCGACAUCUAACGAUUAUGAGGAGUUUUUAGUGAAUAAACAGCGGGUGAUACAGGAUAGUAAAAUAUCUAUAGAUUCUGAUGAUGAUGAUUAUAGAUAAAACUAAUUACCUUUUGAGAUACUUAAACAAUUACAAACAAAAUGUGGCACUAGACCUAAACAAGGCGCCAUUUUGAGACAGUCACGUGUUUUUAUGUGUACAAAGAUGGUGGAUGUGAAUAAGUGAAAUUGUUAAAAAAAAAAUACCUUUUUUAUGUGAUAACAAAUGGAAGUAAACAAACACAAUGACUUACUGUUUGUUCUUUAUAAAAGGAAUUGUUUAUCGGGCAACCAAAGAUCUAAACGUAUUGUUGUUGAACUCCAAGUUAGCUAGCCAUCUAUUAAAGUUUAGCAACAUUUCUUCAUCAGAAAACUAUAUAUGCAAAACAAACCUAUUUCUUUCUAUUGUGCUUCGGCCUGUUAGUGGUGUUGAUCCAUUAAGGAGUUUCAAUUCUUUGAUUGGCAAUAAAUUUAAAGUAUUUCUGGCGAAAUUGUGGAAACAGCAGCUUGCGCUUAGUUCUGCCUGUGUUGUCUCUCCUUAUGCACAUUAUGCGAAAUAUGGUUGCUUCACUCCCACCCUCGUUUCUCCAACUUAUUAGUAUCCCUUUAAAGAGCUUUAAAUAGGAAUAAAUUGGAAAUAAUACUAUAAAGUUGAGGAUAACAGCCGGUUGCGUUUAAUUCGUACUGUGUUGUCUCCCCUUUAUCGUAUCUGUUGCUUUGAAAUGUAUGUAUAUAUAUGUCAAAGAUUAUUGUUAUGUUUCUUGUUAUUAUUCAUAAACUGUGAUAUUGUGAUUUGUAACAUUUUUAAAAUAUUCUUUUUAUUGAUUAUGUAUUUCACGGCCUUGGACUGAUAAGCCUCCAUUUAUGGAUCGACAAUAAAUGACCUUCUAAAUUAGUGGCUGGUUGUCCGCGUAAUUUCGGGUCAGCUUUCGUAACUAAUUUUCUCUAGGAUUUUAGUCCUUUUAACUCUAUCUGAUUUAUUUUUGUUUUAAUGUAUAAAAUUAUGUUUUUGCUUUAACAGUCAAAAUUAUAUAUUUUAUCCUACUUUCUGGGGGAUCAUUUUUCCACCCACCUGCUCCUUCUUUCGGUUCUAUUUUUUAAAACUAUUUCUAAUGUUUUUAAUGUAUAUAGAUUUAUUUUUAACAAUGUGUAAAUAUAUGAAUUGUAAAUGAAUAUUAUUAAUAACCCAAUUAGCUACCUGUGAUAUUACCCGAUAUAUUUUAAUAACUUACCAGACUAUUUUUAUAUAAUA